AUGGCGAAGGUUGCCUCUGCCGGUGGCGGUGCGGGGAGGGGCGACGUCGAAGUCGACGGCGGCCCUUCCACAGGCGAGAAGAAGGAUGGGUUCAUGAGCAGAGUCGUGGACGCCGCAAGGGUGCCCGUGGAAAGACGCAGUCCGGAGCAGAUUUCUUGUCUGGCGAGUUUCCUGUCGUCCGUUGCGAAGCUGAGGCAAUUCCAGCCGAGCACCAUCAUGGAGUUGGUGCGGGAGAUGGCGACGUUGGAGCUGAAGAGGGCCGAGAUGCUCUUCGAGCAGGGCGACCUGGCGGAUGCGUACGACGUGUUGGUUAUGGGCAAGUGCGCGUUGUACAUCCGCGAGGAAGAUGAGGAGGGAUUAGGUGUGUGGGGCAAGCCCUGCAUCAGAUUGGUCUGA